AUGACAUCUUCAACCGCCAACUAUUCCAUCGGCAACGACCGCUUCUCCAGCGAAGCAGCUACCUGGGAUAGCAAACCCGAGGUGGUCGAAUCCUCCCGUCUCUGUCUCCGCUCUAUCCUCUCGCAUUCUUCGACCCACUUUGCUAGCCUCUCCACCUCUCGCGUGCUGGAAAUUGGGUGUGGGACGGGACUUCUCACUAUCCCACUCGCGGAGCAUGUCGAAUCCGUGCUAGCGCUGGAUACGGCGAGUGGGAUGAUCGAUAUGCUGCACUCCAAGAUCCGCACAGAAGGGUUGGACGGGAAGGUGCAGGCGAAGGUCAAGUUGUUGGAGAGCUCGGACGAUGAGGUGCUGGAGGGGAGGAGAUUCGAUGCGGCAGUGAGUCACUUGGUGUUCCAUCACGUGCCGGAUAUGUCGCAGCUGGUGAAGGUGAUGUGGGGUACGUUGAAGCAAGGGGGUAGGAUCUGGGUGAGCGAUUUCGAGGAUGACGGGGUACAGGCGGAGAGGUUUCAUCCGAAAGACAAGCAUGCCGGUGUCGAGAGACAUGGGUUGAAGAGGAACGUGAUGGAGGGGAUCUUGACACAAGCUGGGUUCGACAAGGUCGAGGUAUUCGAGAGCUUCAAGAUGGACAAGACGGUGGAGGAUGGGAGCGUACAAAGCUUUCCAUUUCUGGCGAUGACCGGUGUUCGGUCGUAG